UAUUGUUGCAGCAAGAUGAGGUAUCUCAGCCUUCUCGUCAGCAUUGCACUAUUAUCUGUUACAGCGAGCGUCGCCAAUCCUAUUAUCCCAGCAGCAGAAAAUUCGCCAGCGUUCUGGAAUGACAAUGCCAAACGGACAUUGAAGGCAGCGUUGGAACUGAAGCCACUGACUCACCGAGCUAAGAAUGUUAUCCUGUUUCUGGGAGAUGGAAUGGGAAUCCCCACAGUGACUGCUGCUCGGAUACUCAAAGGCCAGCUACAAGGACAUCUUGGAGAAGAAACUGUCCUAACCAUGGAAUCCUUCCCACAUCUCGGUCUUUCCAAGACGUACAAUGUGGAUCACCAGGUCCCCGACAGUGCUGGAACAGCCACCGCUUACCUGUGUGGAGUCAAAGCAAACUAUGGAACCAUUGGAGUCAGUGCAGCGACCAAACGGUAUGACUGCAACUCCACCGACGGCAAUGAAGUCAUGUCGGUGCUGAAACGGGCAAAGGACGCAGGGAAGUCGGUGGGGGUGGUGACCACCACGCGGGUACAGCAUGCCUCGCCGGCGGCAACCUACGCUCAUGUUGCGAACAGAGGCUGGUACAGCGAUGCCGAUCUCCCACCUGAUGCCGUUGGUCACUGCAAGGACAUUGCGGUGCAGCUCAUCACCAACACUGACAUUGACGUCAUACUUGGAGGAGGAAGGAUCUACAUGACUCCUAAAGGGACCCCUGACCCUGAAUAUCCAGACAAUAAAUCUCAGAAUGGUGAACGGAAUGAUAAGCGCAAUUUGAUUAAAGAGUGGCUCAGUGCCAGAAAGAAUGCAAAGUAUGUUUGGAACAAAAGUGACUUUGAUGCUGUUGAUGAGCGGAAAACCAGAUAUUUGAUGGGUUUGUUUGAACCCAAAGAUAUGAAAUUUGAUUUAAAUCGGAAUAAGACAAUGGAUCCAUCUAUUAUGGAAAUGACUGAAAAAGCCAUUAAAAUUCUCAGUAGGAAUCCUAAAGGAUUUUUCCUUUUUGUUGAAGAUAAUGGAAGAAUUGACCAUGGCCAUCAUGAUGGAAUAGCAGCGUAUGCUCUACACGAAGCAGUGAAAUUUGAUGAAGCUAUUGAAAGAGCCAGUAAACUGACCAGUGAUCAGGAUACCCUCACCAUUGUCACUGCAGAUCAUUCACAUGUCUUUAGCUUUGGGGGGAAAACCUAUCGUGGCAAUUCAAUAUUUGGAUUGGCACCAGCCGACGCUUCGGAUAAUAAACCAUAUACAAGCAUCUUGUACGGAAAUGGGCCUGGUUAUGUAAUUACAAACGGCACUCGACCAAACAUAACAUCCACUGCCUUUGAAGGCAAGGAAUACAUGCAACAAGCUGCCGUUCCGUUGGAAUCGGAGACUCAUGGUGGGGAGGAUGUGGCGAUCUAUGCGAAAGGUCCCAUGGCUUAUCUGUUCCACAAAACACACGAAGAGAACUACAUUGCCCACGUGAUAGCGUAUGCCGCUUGCAUUGAGCCAUACGCAGACUGCAAUACCAACGCUGCUUUCUCACUCCAGCCCACUAACCUCCUCACUAUCCUGAUAUUGAUACCCUGUUUAUUCAACUAUUGAUUAAUCUUUAAUGCAAACUUAUAAUGCAAUACACAUGAAUAAUUAAAUGCAGGGGUCAUCCUUACCAGUUCCAAUCAACUUCUCUUUUAUCUAGUUGACUAUUUAGUUAACAAAACAAAUACUAUCAUAUGUGAUGUCUUCAGAAUCUUGUAUUUGUAUAAUGUAAAAUCUAAUGCACUUUACAAAAAAUGAAAAUAUUAAUAUUUUCUUUGGCUUCGAGUUUAAAUGUCAUUACCUUUUGGGAUUUUAUUCUUGCAUUUGUGCAGUUUUUUAGCAGAAAUACUUGAAGAAUAGAAUGUAAACUGGAUUUUGAAUGUUGACUGGGUAAGCUGGUUCAGGUCAGGGACAGAUCAGUAGAGAUGCUGUAUGGAAACACGCCCUUUGGCCCACUGAGCCCACACCAACCACCCAUUCACACUCACUGUAUGUGAUCUCACUUUCACAUCCACUCCCUACACUCUAGAGGCAAUUUACAGAUGCCAAUUACUUACCAGUCCACAUGCCUUUGGAAUGUGGGAAGAAACCAGAGCACCCGGAGAAACCCCACAUGGAACACAGGGAGAAUUUGCAAACUUCACACAAAUAGCACCCGGGGGUCAGGAUCGAAACCCGUGUCUUUGGUGCUGUGAGGCAGCAACUCUACCAUGAGUUAUUGCACUGACCAAUCACAGAACAAUAUACAUGAUACUUUAUUAAAAUAAAACUCUGGGUCGUACCUCCUGAACCCAACUACUGCAGUUUUGUUUUGUCGCUGUCUGGGUCCUAGGUUUACUCCCAGGCAUUCACACAACCCUCUCAUCGCUCACGCACCACCUCUGUACCUUUUGUGUCUGUACUUCUCCUAUGGGGUCUGUUUCUCACUUGUGUAAGACUGCUAGAUCCUCCUCCCUCAUGGAUAUUCAUUCCCUGCCUCUGUAUGUUUGGCCUGGGGAUCUUUGUUGUCUUUGAUAGCUUUGUGGAAGGAUCAGGCCAAGGGAGAUGACAAUUCGUCCAAAGAAGGGUCUCGCUCCGAAACGUCACUCAUUUCUUCAGUUCAGUUUAGUUUAUUGUCACGCGUACCGAGGUACAGUGAAAAGCUUUUUCUUGCAUGCUAACCAGUCAGCAGACUUCUCUCCAGAUGUGCUGCCAGACGCGCUGAGUUACUCCAGCAUUCUGUGUCUAUCUUUGGUGUAAACCAGCAUUUGUAGUGACUUCCAGUCCGAUGUCAAAUCAGACUGGAAGUCACAAGCAACCUGCACAGAGGUGAUUGACAUAUUUUCCUAAAGUACAUGUUAUAGGAGCAGAAUUAGGCUAUUCGGCCCAUCAAGUCUACUGCGCUAUCUUUCCCUCUCAACCCCAUUCUCCUGCCUUCUCCCCAUAAACCUUUGACACCCUAAAAUACAUUGAUGACCCAUUUGGAUGAAGUUAAUCUACUGACACACAAGUUAUCUGGGCAACAGUUAGUGUUUUUAACACUUGUACACUCACUUUAAUUUCAGAAGGAUAGGUUUGCAGUAGACUCAAUGGUUCAAAUAGAAGUCAAUUUUAAAGACAAAAUAUCCAACAACUGUGUUCAUGUUUGCUCAAUACAACAAAUUGCCUUAAAAGGAAUUGACAUUUUUUGUCAGCAUCCUAUGCAUAUAAAUAUUUAAAUUAUCCUUGUUAUAUUACGGACGAAAGAAUGAAUAACAACUUACAUGCAGGUUGCCUGGAUCACGAGAGAGAUUUAUUACCCAAAUAUUUCCUGCUUAUAUUGAACACCAACUCAUUAACAUAUACAUGAAUAUGUAUAAAUACAUUACAAUACUUAGUAGUUGCCUCUGUUCCACGUGUGUCUAUGGCAUCGACUUUGUUUGGAUCUUGCUCAUUGCUGAAGGUACUUAUGAAUGUAAGGUGCUUAUUUUCAGGAUGAUUCUGGGAAUGAUAGUUCAUUUAUUCAUAAAGGCAAUUAAAAGGCAUGUAUUUUGAUGUAUUCAUAAUUCAACUAAAAUUUUUAUUAAAAAAUUAUUGUUUUGUUUCAUGUUUUGAAGCUCAGAGGUUAAACCUGCAUUGACCUUUAGACUUGUUCACCUUUGAUAGGCUGUCAGUGUUACAGACAAGGCUGUUCUGGAGACAGAUGUCACCUUGAAUAACAUGCCAAUGACAGGAGCAGAAUUGGGUCUUUCAG